CCCCAUGUCAGAAUCAAAGUAAGCCAACGGUGUAUCUAAUAGCAGUGAAGAAGCUGUUUCUCAUUAGUAGCUUUGAUAUCAUUCAGAGAAAUGGCCAGCUUCACUGCUUGCAGUACUACAGCUUCUUCAGUUGCCCGUGUGGCUCUCGUGCACAAUGGAUCUGUAUCCCACCCCUCGUCUGUUCUUGGAUUGCCAGCCAUGAACAAGACUAUGGGAAAAGUGAGAUGUUCAAUGGAAAGAAAGCUAGAAGGGCAAGAAAGUGAGUCAAAAUUAGGAAUGUGUGGAUCAUUGAUGGCAGCAGCAUGUGCAGCAAGCAUAUCAAUUAGCCCAACAGCAAUGGCUCUAGUGGAUGAGAGAAUGAGCACAGAAGGAACUGGGCUUCCAUUUGGGCUCAGCAACAAUCUGCUUGGUUGGAUCCUUUUUGGAGUCUUUGGUUUGAUUUGGUCUCUUUACACUGUUUACACUUCUAGCCUUGAUGAGGAUGAUGAUUCUGGCUUGUCCCUUUGAGCUUAAUUAUAAGCAAGUUCCAACAAUAACCCAUUA